UAGUGACCAAACAACAUGGUUGCACACAACAUCAGGUGCUAAGGGUUGUGUAUAUACCAUCUGCAGAGAUGUUGAAUUUCUUCCUAAUUCUUUUGCUUUUCAUUAUACAUGUGUCUGCCUCCGAUAGUAAAGUCCCUCGGCAUGAACCCAGUCCCGGUGAGAGCUAUUUCAUGUCGAUAUGGCACAACAGGCUGUACUUGUAUUCAGCUGCUGCACUUGUCUUUGGGAGCUGGUUCGCAGUGAAGAUGGCACUCAAGAAGAAGAGCUUCUCCAAGGACAUUGGCCCCUGGGUCUACAAAACUAUGAAGAAGAACAACAACUGCUCUGACAAAGACACUGUGGUUCAUGUGUCCGGAGUUAAAAUCUUCUAUGGCUCACAAACUGGGACAGCAAAGGGCUUUGCAGUAGAGCUGUCAGAAGAGGUGAAGACUUUGGGGAUUCCAGCUGAAGUGACUGACAUGAAAGACUAUGAUCCAGAUGAUCAGCUUGCUGAUGAGUGCACCAGUAAGUCAAUCUGCGUGUUUAUUGUGGCCACGUACACUGACGGACAGCCCACAGAGAACGCUGAGUGGUUCUGCAAGUGGCUGGAAGAGGCAUCCACUGACUUCAGAUAUGGGAAGACCUACCUCAAAGGCCUCAGAUAUGCAGUGUUUGGUCUUGGCAACUCUGUCUAUGUUGGCCACUUCAACACGGUGGGUAAAAAUGUGGAUAAGUGGCUUUGGAUGUUGAGUGGCAUGCGAAUCAUGACCAGGGGAGAGGGCGACUGUAAUGUGGUGAAGAGCCGCAAUGGCAGCAUCCAGGCAGACUUCCUGGCCUGGAAGGUCAAGUUCUUGAACCGUCUACAGGCCCUGGCCAAGGGUGAGAAGAAGAGCUGCAGUGGAAACUGUAAAACUGGAGGCACCUGUAAGAAUAAGAGGAAAGACAGACAGGUGAUGGAGGAAGAAAAGGCAGCUCUGCAGAAUGUCAGCUCUGAGGAGGAGCUGAUAGAAUCCAGCAGUGAUGAAGACGAGUCUGGCCUGCAAGAUGAGAAAAAAUCUGGUUCAGUGGUCGACAUGGAGGAUCUGGGCAACAUCAUGAACAGCGCAAAGAAAGCCAUGAGCAAAGAGGAGGGGCGAGGAGACGGCCAGAUGGUGAAGCUAUCCAAGUUGAAUGGUGUGAAGAAGAUUGAGGAUGAAGGGGAAAGAAGAGAGAUGAUCACCCCUGCCCUUAGAGAAGCACUCACAAAGCAAGGGUACAAACUAAUUGGAAGUCACUCAGGAGUGAAGCUUUGUCGAUGGACCAAGUCUAUGUUGCGAGGGAGAGGAGGCUGUUACAAGCACACUUUCUAUGGUAUUGAGUCCCACCGGUGCAUGGAAACCACCCCCAGCCUCGCCUGUGCUAACAAGUGUGUCUUCUGCUGGAGACAUCACACCAACCCUGUGGGCACGGAGUGGCGCUGGAAGAUGGACCCUGCUGAGAAAAUCCUGCAAGAUGCCGUGGAGAAGCAUCAGAACAUGAUUCGACAGUUCAGAGGUGUUCCUGGAGUGAAGCCCGAGCGGUACGAAGAGGGUUUGGCAGUCAAGCACUGUGCCCUCUCCCUGGUGGGUGAGCCAAUCAUGUACCCCGAAAUCAACACCUUCAUCCGCCUCCUCCACUCCCACCACAUCUCCAGUUUCCUGGUCACCAAUGCACAGUUUCCCCAGGAAAUCAGGAGCCUGGAGCCAGUUACACAGCUGUAUGUGAGUGUGGAUGCGAGCACUAAAGACAGUCUGAAGAAGAUUGACCGGCCACUUUUCAAGGACUUCUGGCCACGCUUCCUGGACAGCCUCAAGGCCCUUGGAGAGAAGUCAAAGGUGGUGCAGGAUUGCCAGCUCUCACAGAUUUCUUUGAGAUGUGUCAUUCACCUUGCCUCAAACGGAGAGGAAUGCAUAUACUGCAAGUAUAUCAACAUUCAUACUCGCGUGCAGCGCAUGUUGUUGAUCUUGCUACACCAUGAUAUGAUGCCUGUAUGCGUUAGCUGUAAAUAGGAAGCAUCAUCUUGAUAUUUUUAUGGUUGGUUAUCUGCACUUAAUAAUGUUUUUGUCAUGGUUGUGUGUUCUAUCAGCUCUGAGAAAAAUGCUCAGGUCUAUGCUAGGCACUGGCUUUUCUUGAGAGAUUGCAUUGUAUAUUCUUGUUGAUAAGAAGACGAGGGAUGCUGCUCCCAACCGCAGUAUCUUAUUUAAGAGAUUGUAUCAAGUACUUUUAAUUCUGAUCAAAAAGAAUAUUUUUGUGUGUAUAUAUAGAUAGAUAGAUAGAUAGAUAGAUAGAUAGAUAGAUAGAUAGAUAGAUAUUUACAGGUUGCAUCCCUAGGUUUGGGGGAGUGUUAUUGACUACAGAACCUUUGACUACUUAAAUUACUAUCCACUUUUAAUCUGUUCUGCACUGAGCUAAGAUCUUGACAACACAAGUUCAUUUCUUGUAAAACUAUGAAUAAAAAUAUGCUGUUGUGGUGAUUUUUAACAAAAGUAAUCUCUUAUCUCCAUCUCUGGCAGAUUGUUGGAUGUGCCCAAUUCUUACCUACUGUGCAGACUCAUCUGUUUUGUUUUGAGUGAAUCAGAGUAGCUGAUGAAAGCUGUAACACUGAUUAAGUCCCCUCAGAAACCAAAGAUGAGAUGUCCUCUGUAUUUACCAAAUUCCUAUGCAGUGACAGCAAGAUACCGAUAAGUGACAGAGACCAGUUCUAGCCUUUAAGACUUUACUCAAGUGGGGAAGGCUUUUUAUUGAUUCCUGAGACUUCUAACAUUUUUGCUGUAUCAGAAUUGAUAAUGCCACUGCCACAAUCACAAGAAUGUGUGCAUUUCUAUGAAGUGUGUGAUCUGUGCUCCUGUAGCAGUUAAAAAAGUGCAUUCAAUAACCUUGCAGGCCUCUCCAUCAUUUGUGACUAGAGGGAAAGUCCAUUAUCACAGCCUGCAUCUAGCCACUGCGUUGCUCAUGUAAAUCGAUUCUUUCUGUUAGUGUGUUUCCUAAUAAGACAAAGUGAGGUAAAAAUGGUGCUUGGGUACACCGCCAAACAACCUUGAGAAAGAUGUGGGCUGUAAAGUCUCUCAGAGGGAGACUCUGUUACACCUAUCUGUAAUGGGCCAGCUUCCUCUUGUUUAAUGCUUCAGCAAACAACAGACAAAUUCAUUACCACUCAGCUUGAGGUGUUGGUGACUGCACAGCUCGAUUGCUUCUAGAUCACCAUUUUCACCACAAGCAAACAAACAAAUACCAGUGUGAGGUAACUGCAGGGAUGGGCAAAAUAACAGGAACAUCUUAGAAUUUAAUUAAUUAAUGGCCUUAAAAUAAACAUGAACCACUGAAGUUUAGAUAUUCAAUUUCUGUCAGUGCUGUCUGUGGUCAUUGUUAAGGUCAUUACAGCAAGUGAUCCAGUUAUCACCACAUUAAAUCCUUAACUGUGUUCACACAGGCUUCUCAAUCUAGACUCAAAUUGCUGUAUGUGAUAUAUACUGAAGAGCCAAAACAAAAAACCUACAUUUAAACAACAGCAAUAUCAAAAGUAUCUAAUGUAGAAUGCUGGUAAUUAUGGGCAUUUUAGUAUGGUUCUCUAAGUGACUAAAGGUUAAUUCAGUAUUGGCCACAUGGGUGACAGCAAAGUCCUGCGGGACCAGAGAGUGACACUUUUGCCCGCCAGCACAUUUACUAUUACCUGGAAUCUCAUUAUUCUGAAUACUGUUUCAAAGUCUUGACAGUCAGAGGAGCCGUCAAUCUGAAGAAUUACUUUCGAACCCUGUGUCAGAAAAUGUCUAAUGAUAUCAAGGAUCAUACUGAGGAUGACACCCAGUGUACAAAUUAAUUAUUGUGACAGUGUCAGUAACCACAAUCAUAUGUGCAAAUCUCAGUCACAUAGUAUAUGGACACGUUAUGCAGCCUCUUCUCUCUAUUGACUCAAUUUCUCAAUGUGUAAGUGUGUUGUGUUUGAAGAGUGAUAAUUUAAAUAGCAGUUUCCCUUUGAUCUGUAAGUGGUACAGUUGCCUGUUGUUGCAGCCAGUGCAAUGUGUGUUCUUACUGAUAAAUGUAACUGUGAUGUACACUUGUGUUGGAUUUGCAUCGUGUGGUAUGAUUUUUGAAUUGCGAUAAAUCUGAAGCCGUCAUGAUGAUUUUGGAGGUGUGGUCAUAUCCAUGGUUGAACAUGGUUUAGCCCUUAGUAUAUUGAAGCAUGGAUAAAAUGAAACGGAGAGUACAGGAUGGGUUUGUGCAUAUUUUAUAAAUACUUUGAAUUUUGUAUCUUAAAAGCAACUUUUGCAUAACUAACUCUGGAGUCACUAAAGUUUUGUAUUGAAACUUUAAAACUCAACACCAAAUCAGAGGCAUUUGUGCAUACAUGGUUAUUUAUGCAUUAAUGUGAUUAUACUUGUCCCAGAGGGUUGUACAUGCACUGGUGUGUAUGCAUGUGUACACCUCACUGUGACAAUAUGGUUUGUCUGUGUGCAACUUCCCAAUUUCCAAAAAUAAACUCUCCCUGUUCCCAUCAGCCCCCAUCUCCCUUUCACA